AUGUCCAACAUCUUCUCUCCAGUGAAGAGGUUUUUCGGCAAAUACUACAGCACGGAAGGUGCUCCACCAGAGAUCUUUAAUAGAACUCUAUACAUUGCCUGUUUUGUCUUUGGUAUUCUCGGUUGCGCUCGUGGUUACGAUGAAGGUUAUAUUGGUGGUCUCGUUGUUAAGGAGCCCUUCAUUGAAAGAUUUGGCUUGAAUAAUCCUGACGCUACUGCGGAGCAGUUGGCUGAUUUGGCGUCUAACAUUACUUCUAUGGUUCUUGUCGGCUCUAUUGGUGGGUCAUUGCUGGCUAUGGUUCUUGUUGAUAGAUUCGGUCGUAUUAGAACUCUUCAAGGUGUCUGUAUUGGCUGGAUUAUCGCAGUUGUUAUUCAGAUAACUUCUCAGUCUGUUGGUCAACUACACGUUGGGAGACUGUUUGAAGGUUUCUGCGUGGGUCAAACUGUGGUUAUAGGCCCUUGUUAUCUUUCAGAGAUUUCUCCAAAGAACAUCCGUGGUUUGACCAACUGUAUCUUUGCUGGUGCCGUGUACGUGGGUUCUUUCCUCUCUAACUUUAUCAAUUACGGCUGUGCAGUUAAUAUGGAUCCGGACUCAGACCAGCAAUGGAUCGUUCCAACUGCUUUCAAAAUCGUUUUGGCUGGUCUAUUGUUCAUCGGAAGUCUUUUCUGCUAUGAAUCACCAAGAUGGUUGGUCAAACGUGGCAGAGUCGAAAGAUCUGCUUUGAUGUUGUCAAAGAUCAGACACCUUCCAACAGACCAUGCAUACGUUCAAUCAGAGAUCCAUGAUAUCCAAGCUCAGUUAGCUCUUGAAGAAGAGGCAAGAGGUAAGUACACACUUCUCGGUAUUUUCAAAGAGCUCUUCUUAGUCAAAUCUGUCCGUUACCGUAUUCUACUUGCGCUGACUGCACAAAUCCUUGGCCAAUGGUCCUUCGCAGGAAGUAUCACUGUUUAUAUGCCUGAUUUGGUUGGUCUUGUUGGAGUCCAAGGUAAUGAUAGAUUAUUGUACUCUUGUUUCUUAGGUGUCGUGAAAUUUACUUCGGCAUACAUUAGUGCCUUCUUCAUCAUUGAUUACUUUGGAAGAAAGAGGGCUCUUUACCUGGGUAUUACGGUUCAAUUGUUAUCAACUCUGUUCUUUGCUAUUUACAUGAUCAUUGUUCCUAAUGGAGGUGAAGAAGGUUCCACUGUUUCCGAUUCAGCUCGUAGAGCCAGUUAUGCGGCUCUAGCAGCCUUGUACAUGUCAGGUGUCGGCUGGACAAUGGGCUGGAAUUCCAUUCAAUACUUGAUCAACGCUGAAAUGUUACCUUUGGGUGUUCGUAAUAUUGGUACUGCUAUGAUCAUGGCAUGGCACUAUAUCCACCAAUACUCCACCACAAAGGCUAUGCCAUCCAUGCUCAUUACAAUUACUCCAGGUGGGACGUUCUUUAUGGGCUCUGCUAUGUUGCUUAUGGGUUUGUUCUGGGCAUGGUUCUUCCUUCCAGAAAUCUCUGGAAGAUCUUUGGAGAGUAUGGAAGAGUUGUUUGACCUGCCUUGGUACCUCAUCGGAAGAAAAGGUGCUCAGCUCUGUCCUGACAGAUCUGACAUUGCACAGCUUAAGGAUAACGAUAUCGUUGAUGCAGAAAGUAAGGAGGAUGAUAUCGUUGAGCGCACUGAGUCUCGUGACAAUAGUUCGACUGAGCACCGUGAGACUGUGGACUUGGAAAAAGCUGUUGCUAGCGAGAAGAAAUAA